AUGGUAGGCGUCACAGUCACCCCCGAGCAGCUCGCGACCCUCCGCGCCACGCUCCUCAACACCUCGGGCGAGACCAAGCUCCACGAGCGCUUCCGUGCCCUCUUCAUGCUCAAGGCUGUUGGCGGCCAGGCGGUCAUCGACAUUAUUGCCGAGGGCCUCAAGGACGACUCGGCUCUCCUCAAGCACGAGCUCGCCUACGUCCUCGGCCAGCUGCACGAUCUGGCUGCCGUCCCCAUCCUCGAGGACGUCCUCAUCAACCCCACCGGUUCUCACUGCGCCAUGGUGCGCCACGAGGCUGCCGAGGCCCUUGGCGCCAUUUCCAGUCUCGACUCGCUCCCCGUCCUCCGCAAGUACCUUGACGACCCCGCCCGCGAGGUCCGUGAGACCUGCGAGAUUGCCGUUGGCAAGAUUGAGUACGACCACACCGAGGAGGGCAAGGCCCGCAAGGCCAACCCUGACUUCCCCACCAUUGACCCCGCCCCUUCGUCCGCCCGCGAGCCCGUGCCCGAGCUCCGCGCCGCCCUCCUCAACACCAAGCUGCCCCUCUUCGAGCGCUACCGCGCCAUGUUCGCUCUGCGCGACUACGGAGGUGCGAGCCGUGACGCCGUCCGCGCGCUGGCCGAGGGCUUUGGCGACUCGUCUGCCCUCUUCCGCCACGAGGUUGCCUACAUCUUCGGACAGCUCAGCUCGCCGCACUCGAUCCCGUCUCUCCUCCGCGUCCUCCGCGACGACAAGGAGGAGGAGAUGGUUCGCCACGAGGCCGCCGAGGCCCUGGGCGGCAUUGCGUCGGACGGUGCCGACGCCGACAUUGACCCCGAGGACGAGCCGCUCCCCGAGGGCGGUGUCCUCGUGAUCCUCCGCGAGUGGGCCGUCAAGAUGGACGCGCCCGAGGUUGUCCGCGAGUCGUGCCAGGUCGCCAUCGACAUGUGGGAGUACGAGAACUCGACCGACCAGUUCAACCCCCUCGACUCGCUCGCUGCCAACGGCGAAAAGUCCCACCUCACCGGCAUGGAGCGUUCCGCCCACGCCGCCGUCACCGCCGGUAUUGCGGCCUAG